AUGGACUGUAGUGGACGCCCGCACACCGCCCGCACGCCGACAAAAUCAAACUCCGCCCUCUCCUUUGCUUCCACCUACCACCACCACCAGCACCAACCGCCGCCGUCUCCGUCUCCUCUCUCCCGCUUCCCAUCGACCAUGACCGUGACGGUCGCGUCCACCAACAGCGCAGAGGCGCGUCUUGCCACACCGACCACACUCAAUCCUCCCGCCCACGCGCUGCCACCGCCACCGCCACCGCCGCCGCCGUCCCCAUUCCUACGCGCGUCUUCGAACAUUUACGACGCGCAGACGCCACUCGGCAACUCUCUCCUGACGGACGAUUUUGCUGCCGACGACGCAGAGAGCGUGGCACGUGCGGACGCCCAUCUGCGCCAAGGCAGCCACCAAAAACAACCGCCAGCCACCCCUUCCUCCUGUGCGCUUCCUUCUCCUCCGGUGGCAGAGGCGGUGGUGGUCUCUCCGUCUUCCUCACUGCCUGGCUACGGCGGGGGCGGCAAGUCGGUGUCGGGGCAGACGGGCGGGAAGGGCAGCGCGAAGUCGAUGGGCAGCACUCCCAAAGCCUUCAGCGACGAUCGCGCGUUUACGUGCGGCGGCGGCGGCGGAGGAGACAGCUGCGCCUCCGAAGGCCUCUCGGAGUACCUCCUCACGGAGGUGGGCACCACUCCCCGGCAGCCGCUGCCACCGCCAGCAGCCCCCCGGCAGCACCGCCUCUCUCCUUCAACGGAGGGAUGGAGCCCAGGACCGGCCUGCCAGCCCCGGCGUGGACCUGCGGCUUCGACACACGCGCGUUCUUCGCACGCCAGCAGCUCCGGCACCUCCCCGCGCCAGCCUCGCCGUCGCCGCCGCCGCCGACCUCUCCUUUCACCGCUGGGACGGGCGCUCCUCCCUUCCACAAGAGUAAGCGGUCCGCGGUGA